AGAUUUCUAUUAAAGUUAUGGUUUUCACAGCAUCUGAUCCUCAAUAAUUAGUCUACUUUAUGUUUUGCAGAAGUCUUGAAAGAAGCAGAGUCCUUUCACGCCUGCCAAAUGCAAAGGUGACACAGAGCCAAACCCUGGGCUUCUGUACAUAGACUGGUUUGAACAGAGUUGCACAGUUCACGUCCCCUGAGGCUCUGCCUGCUCUCUGUGGGACUCUUGUGUGAGUUAAAGGGUAGAACUGACACUGGGAUGAACAGGCCUUUGGGGUGGAAGUGCCUUCAAGCCAGUGCAGAAGUGCAAACUUUCCUCAUUGGUGGAAUCUCCAUCCUCCUCCCCUUCCUUUAUGUGGAAGCAUGGAGUCUUUGCAGUACUCUUUCCACAAUUCCAAAGUCAAAACCUAGACAGAAGUUUUCCUGACCAGAUUCCUGUCCUCAUUAGUUCAGUUGAAAGGGGGUCAGACAUCUGGUUCCAAGUACAGCUCUGUGGUGAGUAUGUAGGGCUUUUUCUUUCCAGAGAAAAAAUCCCUAAAUCUGGCCAUUUAAGACACAAAUUUUAUAGGAGCUAAAGUUGGGCUGUGCAAAGUUCACCUCAUUAAAAACAAGCCCAAACCAAAUAAAAGCAGAGAAUAACAGCAUAAAAAAUGUGGGCCCUGAAUGUCAGAGCAUGUGUGUUAGGAACUGGUAAGAAGUGAAGGGGAAAGUACAGAUAUAUCCACAUAUAUUCAAAGUCCUUGUUUUUUUUCCACAAGUAAGUUUACAUGCUUGUGGAGUGUCUAGAGAAGGGGAACAUCAGUGCAGAACACAGUGUUAGGAUUGCUAUGACAGCUACCCUAAUUUGUUAGAAAAUAUAAUGACUUCAAGCCUGUGUUAGAAGAUACUGAAUAAAUUCAGCCUAGAUAAAAUGUUCCAACACACCAAGUCAUUUUUUGACUCUGCAGUUGUUAACUGGCCAAUGAGAGACAUUCUAAAUUGUCUUGAGUUUGAUAUCUCCUUCUAAAAAAUACACCUUUUUUCAUUAUCUGAAGAUAAGUACCAAGAUUCACUAGCCAGGUCUGGAAAUACUGACUUUGAAAGGAACUAACUCUAUGUCUACUCAGCACUUAAGAAAUUAUUUGGCUUUAAAGCAUAAUCCUUUUGUCUCAUCUAUUUCCCUCUUUUAUGACAUUUGGUAUAUUCUUCCUCUUUUUCCAGUGUUCUUUGGGAUACUGAUCCCAACUUAACAACUUCAUUGUCUCUGUGGCACAAGAUUGUCUUGGUAACAUUUAUGGGAAUAAACCAAGGUUGCCAUAGGGAGUGGACUUAAUGGUUUAAUUCUUAAUAAAGGGACAAUUUUCCUGGUCAGACAAGUAAACUACAGAGUUUGUCCCACUUCAGAAGCACUGGGAUAUUGUGAUUCACAGGGUUCAGUUUUUGAAGAUAGCAAAUUACAUCCCACAUACUGCUGAAGAUCAGAUUUCACUAUUACUGGAAGUUUGUUGUCUGAUUUGGUUAAUAUAUUCUUCUCAGUGUAGUAAUCAAAACAUUUAUCUCUCCAUGGUGGUGCUUUCUGUUGAAGCUUAGCCUUGGGACUCUCCCUAAGGCUCAGCCCUAAGGUUGAGAUAAAGGACCUUCCUUAUUUCAUAAUUAACCCAGCAAUGGGCUCCUGCAUUAGAAGGAUGGAUGGAUGGAGACAUGAUCACACCUGAUAAGUCUGUUUGUAGCACUCAUUCAGGCACAGGUUGGGGAAAACAAGGAGAAUGAGGUGUGUAUUACAGCAGAGUGAUCCUUGGGGCUCAUAAUUAAGAAGAAGGAACCUCCCAGGGCCAACACUGGUGGGACUCAGUGCAUAGACAAGUUUUCUUUUGUCAGAAAUGGAAGAGCCUGUUCAUCACUUGUAAACUGCUCUCCCUCAGCGCCAUCUGCUUCUUCCCAUCAGGAAUUUGGAUUUCAGGAUUCAUCACAGUGCAGCCAACUGCAGACUCAGAUUCUGCCAACGCUGGGAAAGCUGCAAGUCAGGCCAGCCUGUGGAGCCUGCCACAUUCCUGAGUCCCUGAUUCAGGCUUGCAAGUUUGUCAUCAAGUUGGAAAUUGAAACCAGAGGAGUUAGCAGCAGGGCCUGUGCUCCUAAAUCAGUUGGUAAUGGGUGGAUUGUCCUAUGCCUUCCCCAGGAGGAAAGCCAAACUCCCUACAGGAGCCUCCCAGCACCUGGAAGAGCUGUGACACAGGCAUGGAAGUGCAGUGUGGCCCUGGGGAUAUGCCUCGGGCUGGCAAAGGGGGGAAAACAAGAUUUGCUUAGAUGCAAUCACUGCUUCUUUUCUUAUCACUGCACUGCCAAAUGCCACUGUGGGAUUUACAGCCAACUGUGGUUCCAAGUGACAGAUUUCCAUGAGGGAAAGGGCCAAGUCCCUGGGGAUGCUCUGUGCCAAGGUCCCCUCUGUGCUUUGGGUGCUGCUGCUGGUGGGAGGCACAAAGUGAACCCUGAUAUCAGGCCUUGAAAAAUAGUUUUCAGGUCAUUAACUGAGUCAGGCCAGCUUCUACUGCUGGAUUCUACUGGGAAUCUGGAAUAGAUGGCUGAUGAAUUUCCUCUGGAUGUGCACACUGUCACUGGGAAUAGAACUUGGUGUGCUAAGGUGGAAAGGCAUUAGAAAUACAGUAACAUUUUGAAUCACAGGCUUGAAUAGCAGCUCAUCCUGGGCUUGGAAGUUGAGUCGUGUGUUCAGAGCACCACCCUAGAAAUGGGUCCAUCAGAGACACAACCUCCAGCACAGGAGAACUGUCUGAGAGCAGCUGAUGAUAUUUAAAUGUAUUGCUGCCUAGGAAACCUGGGCUCCAGGACUUCAUUUCCAGAAGGGCCUAAUGACUAAAGCAAUAACUUGGAUCAAAGCCGUUUAUCUGAUUUUCUUUUAAUGGCUUGAGUUUGGCCAGGAGGAAAGUAUGGCAGAUAUGCAGUAUUUAAAUAUAUAUUCAAGAGUCAAAUCUGCCUGGAUAAAAUCUACAGAAGUGCCAAGGUGAGUUACACACUGAAGACUCAUCUUUCUAAAGAAUGUGUGCUCUGAAUGUAAUUCUUAUUAAAAACCAAUUAACCAGCUCCUAAGAGCCUAAAGUACCUUCAAGAAUGGGAUUAUAUUCCUGAAUCAUUUGAGAUUUUCAAAAUACGACCUGACAGAUGUAAGUUUGGUGCAAAAUAAAGGGCCCAUCUAAUAAUCUGAGUUAAACAGGUUUGGGUCAAGACAUUCUGUGGAAGAAGAACAAUAAAAUUUACCUCUUAGUACCUCAGAGAUGGAUGAUAAAAGUACUGAGGGAGAAAUUUCCAAAAGCUCAUCACAGGCAGCUCUUUGUCUCCCUUACCUCCGGUUUCACAAAUCUGUUUUACCAGAGAAAAGCUAAAUAUCAAACAUCCAUUUUCCGUAUCUGUAUCUGCAGUGGCUCUUCCCCUGCCUGUGUGGGGCAGCUUAUAUGUGUUGGUGUGAGACAGCAGUUGUACAGAAAUGAUCCCUGCAGUCAGAAUUCCUGUGUUCAAGUGAAGCACAUAAAACCUUUCAGGCUGUGCUCUGAAUCUUUGUGCUGUGGCUUCUUUCCACAGACAGGAUUUGUUUGAAGAAAGGAUCCCUAUUUGCAUGUAAUGUUGUGUUAAAAUGGCUAUUUUGAGAUGUAUUUUGAGAGCAAGGGCACUGUCUCCCUAAUUCAAAUGAUUUUUCUUCUCUAGAAAAAUAACCAGUUCUGCCAAUAAGUGUAUAAAUAGAAUGUUUGUCCAACAGUUGUGCAAAAAUGCUUAACAUUUAAGGGGUUUUAAUGAUAAAUUUGGAAUGUUUAUCCAGCACAGUAGACGUUGCUACUGAGGUCAGCGGGUUUUGGGAGGAAUGCUGGAGAGCAAAGAUUAAAUACAGUGUGUAUGUUCCCAGUGGAUUCAACACUGCUGUGCCCAGAGGUCACUUCACUCCUCCUUCAGUCAGCUCACUACACCUACCUUUGGAGUGAUUGGGGCUGAGUCAGGAUGUUAUCACAUCUCAGCAGUUUCAUUCAUUUAAUGGCCUGGAUUCUUUAGAUUUCCAACUGCUGCAGAGGAAGUGCCAAGGUCUAGGUACUUCCAGCUUGUUCAACAGCACGUUGAAAGCACAAAAAGCUUCAGUGGUUCAAGCCCAGAGCAGCCCUGAGACUUUGCUCCAGAUGUUUGGCAGUACUGAGGACACUGUGGCAAUCUGAUUUUUCUUUAUCAGUGGCAGGAAAGACAAAUGCCAUUGGCUGCUGGCUGUGUUUGGGUACCACCCAUCAGCAGCAUUCAGAAGUUAAUUCCAUCAUUCCUAAGCGUUCAAAUAAACAACAAGAAGAAAAAUAAUUUUGAUUACAUCAGUGUAAUGGGAGACAAAUGUAGCCCGGUUUGCAAAAUCGGUCUUAAAUUUGACUUAUGGUAGAAAUUUUCUGGUGUAAUUAUUGUUAGUGUUGUCUUUCCACCCAUUAAAUCUUUGCAGCAUAUAUUUCUAUCAGCUAAAACCCCGAUGCCAGUGCAAUUGUAGCAGCAAAACAGUUAUUCUGGUAGAAUUUAUCAGAACUUCAGGGAAGUGGGAUGAAAAACUCCAGCACCUUUGACUGAAGUUUUUUUUGAAACAACAGAUGAUUAGAUGGAAACACAGCUCAUUUCUAAGGCCCAGAGAAUGUCUCUAAAGGCCCUAAAUUUUCAUCUGCUUAAUCACUGCUGAUUUUGGUCACAUACAGAGAAAACUGAGUUUCAGUGGAGAUGGUAUAGACCCAGUACACGUUAUUGGUGAGUUUGUUUGGCUGUCAUGAAGUGAAUUUUAUAAAACCACGCUGUGAAAGAUGUAGAUUCUAUGUGGCAACUCUGCAAUAAACCCAUGUUCUCUGCUGUGCAGAAACCCACAAAGGGGAGUUAUUAACAAUUGAUAGCUUCUCUGUGGUUGUGUUUAUUUUCUGUAGUGACUAAUAGUUUACUUGAGCAGUGAGCAGCAGGUACUGCCCCACUGAGGAGAUCUGGCUGUCCAGGCUGUCAGCUCCGUGUGUGCCCACAGUGAGCUGAGGGAAACAGAAAUCUGGGAUGGUUUCUGCAAACACACAACCAGGAGAAAGUGUGUGUCUCCAACUCAACUGCUCAUUCACAGUUGGAGCACUACAAACUUGAAGGAAACACAAAUUCUUUACUGUAGCAGCAGUUCACCAAGUUCAAGUGAACCUCUUGGACAUACUGACACAAAAACAUGGCUACUAAUUUAAAGCACAAAACACAAGAAGAAAUAUUUUGCAAGAAGCCAGUGAGUCAUAUUUUCCUCAUAAAAUUGUUGAAACCAUUGUGCCCAGAAACAAUUAAAGAUGUGACUAGGGCUGGAAAAGUUUAGCCAUAAACACAAACAGACCCCAGUUUUUUGUUUGUAAAGGAUGAAGGUCAUUUGGCUUGAGGAAUAUCCUAAAACUAACAGAGACAGAGCAGAACACGCAGUUUGUGUGUCCUCAUUGCUCCACAGGAGCCCCAGUGUUUGGCCCUACAUGCCUGAAUACUUGGUGACACCAAAAGUUAAAUGCCAAUAGUCUGUUAUGGCAAAUCAUCAUAACAGGGGCAAACAAACCUACUCCUUUAAUUUGAAAAAAAACCCCUUUUUUUAUUUAUAUUAAAAAUGCCCCUCUGAGACCUGAAGGCUCAGUCAUACAAAACUGAUACUAAAACAUUUGAGUGGAUGAGUCCCUGGCAGUUGAGAUGUGUGGUCAAGACUCACCAGCUUUAUAGGAAUUUUUCAAGACUCCAUGGUUUUUCCAGUAGUUUGGUGUUUCAUUGCCCCUGGCAAUAGACUCCUUCAUUUUGGCCUGAUAUUUUUGUGCUCUGCAUAUGCCAGCCCCUGCCCAGCUACUGUCCUUGCAUUCUGUGCUUUUGGGAGGAGUAAAAGGGAGGAAGUUCCUCUGCUCCCUAGGGCAUAACCCCUGUAUUUAUGAGAUUUGGAGACACUGGCCUGCAUAGCAGAGCUUACAGGUUAGGAGGCAGAUUUGAAGUGAGCUUUGUUGGGGGUCCUUAUCUGAUUUAUUUCUACCCUAAAGGCGGGUAGAAUUUGAGAUGUGUCCAGAUGCUUUUUCUCAGGGGCACUUGUAACACAGCUCAGCACUUCAUUCAGUCACUCCAGCUAGAAAAACCCUCUGUUUAAACAACUGCAUUUAUAAGUCUUUCUUAUAAAUACAAUGUUGUCUUGACAUCCAACUUAUGGUCUUCUGCUCAGAAGUGUGAAGGGAGCUGUCAGAUUUCUAGGUCACUACAAAAAAUAUAUGUAUUAGGUGUGUGCCAAGAGGUAUUUGACUUUGUGGACAUUAUUUCAGAGCAAGAAAGAUAACCUCUCUAAUGGUGCUUUCCUAACGUGAUUGAAAUUCCCUUUGCUCUUGGGGAACUGGGAAAAUGUGCUUGGGAGUUGCUUUGGGGAGUAGCUGUGUUAGAGCAGAAGGUGACAGAGUCAGUGGCCUCGGGGACUGAGCUCUGUGCAGUCUCAAAAACAAAUGACCCUGAGGAGCUGAAAUGCUUUUGGCCAUGUCCAAGUGAGGCCCAAGUCAUCUCUCACUCCUACUGAUUUGCCACAGUACAUCUUUUUAAGUCCAGAAUUACAUUUGAUUUAUAACCACACAUGUGGCAGCAGAAUCAAGUCUGGGCAAUUUGAACAAUUUAUUUCUUUCCCCAGCUGAGUUUGGGGGUCUGUACAUUUCCAACAUAAUCCUUCACAUCUAAACUUCAGUGCACAGGAUUUUCUUCAGGAGUCUUCUCAUCAUUUUCCACUUUCUUUUCCCUGCCAAGGGCCUGCCUGGUUUUGUUUGUUCCAUAUCUAGGUGCUCCAAAGGCUGUCAGUCCAUGCAGGCAUUAGGGGUCCUAUAAAAUUAGACAAGCUGCUCCUGCAUUUUCUUACUCCCUUUUAGCCAUGAACUAAGUUUCCCAGGUUAAGAGCUAACAAAUAGAUCCUGGGAAUCUGGCUUAGCCUUGCUGAGGGAUGUGGUCAAUAACCAUGAGGCUAUUCCUUUUAUUUCUUCCUUUAGCAGCUUGUUAUGCAAUUACAUUUUUCAGUAAGUUGCAUGCUUUUUCAGGCUAAUGAUCCUUUUGAUGGGGUGACAGUUCACAGACUUACAAACAUCUGAAAACUAGAGGAAAGAAUGGAAAAUAUUUUGAAACUUCAGCUGUGAUAUGAUGCAAGUACAAAGUCUGAUUAAGGGUGUUAAGGAGGAUCUUUUCAAAGGAGUAUAUAAGUGCUGUACAGUUUGAUUAAAAGGUGAUUAAGACCCACCUACGUUUUCCAUGUAACAGAUUUCCAUGGAUACUACUGAGGCUGUGGAGUCCCAUGGACUCUGAUCCUCUGAGAUGUAAAAUACCUUGCCAUGCUCAGCACCUCUGACAAACCAGUGAGCUUGCAAAGCAGGCAGCUGUUUGGCUCAAAUUUAUCAUUUUCACAUCUUGUUCUAAAAUGUUUUACCUGUUUUUCCCAGAUGUUUUCAGGAGCUUGGCACAGCCCACAGAACAGACAAAGAGUCUUAGACCUCAGCCCAGAGAAUUGACUGAGUGGCUUCUCCUGAACCAGUCAGUCUCACGCAGGAUCUCUGCUUCUGGAAAUCCAGGACAACUGUUCCUGCUUUGGGAGAUGAUGAUACCCAACCUUAGUCACUGGCAGUCAUUCCUGUACUUGUAGACUAGCCCAGAAUUAGCAAAACACCCUCCAACCCCGUUCCUCUCGGGAAGUACAUCGAACCACUCAGUUCUCACGGGCACUCUGGAGGAGCAGUGAGGAGGUUGCUUUCCAGGGUAGUGGCAGAGCCAGGGAAAAAGCCUUAUGUUGACAUUUCUGGCCUCCUGUGUGACUAAUGGUAGCCAUGCUAGAGGGAGCAUCCACUGGUGGAUUCAGGGCUCGCUGUUCUUCAGAGCACACUGAUGUGGGACAAACAUCUGCAUGGCCAUGGAGAGCACUUUCUUGGAGUUUGUACUUCUCCCAACAAAUACAUACUGCAGCUUUUUGUUUGACUCAGUUUUACUCAGUUGUGGUGUUUACAUUACACCAGCUUGAGGGGGGAAGGAAGGGAAUUUUUCUGUAUAUGAACUGUCCGGGUGAUUUUCUACAGCUGCUUUGAAGGAUAUGUCUGUUACUUAUAUUGUGACUUGGAUUCUAUAGACACAUGGCAGAGAACACAGUUCUCCAGAAAGCCAAAGAGUUUGACUGAUGGAAAACAAGAGAGCAAUCCAAGAGAAACCCUGCCAGAGGAGGAGCAUGAACCUGAAAUUUACUGUUGAAACCAGACUUCUGCCUUGGGCUUAAGCACCACACUCAGCCAGUCCUACCAUUGACUGCAGUGUGGCUCUGCACACAUGCAAGGAACUGCUUUUUGGACCUCACUAAGUCUGGAGCUUAAGUAUUGUUCUGGCAUCCAUACUGAUUUGGAAAUACACUGGUUGGCCUGGACUCCUGAAGCAGUGGGACAAUUACAGGGUUUUUAAAAAAAUCACAAAUGUAGAGAGCCUGUGAAUUGAGGCUAUUCUGGCUUUUGCAUAGUGAGUUUGUAAAAUCAAUCAGAAAUUGAAGAGGGCAUGAGAGAUUUCAUUUUAGACCGUUCAAUCCCUCAUUAAUUGUAUAGUGGAUGGCAACAGAGGAAACAGGAUUUGCAGACAAGUCCUUUUUUUCAGAAGCCAACAGACUCCCUGACUGGGGACCAUGUCGGUCAAACUCACCUUUGUGUCCCCUGGUGAUGGGGGUGGGAUCAGCAGGAGCUGCUCCUUCACUGGGUUCAGCACUGUGCAAAGCAGAAAACUGGCAAAGUCUCUCAGCAGAAGCUCAGUGAGAUCAAGGAUGUCUCUGAAACCCCCCAAGGCUUAUAAUUCCCUGCAGAAGGGGGCACUGAUCUGGGAUCCAAAGCCACUGCAGGUGAAGAAAAUUUUUGAAGCUUUGAAGAAAGGACUUAAUGAAUACCUGGAAGCACAUCAGGCUGAAUUAGAUUAUCUCUCUGGUCGACACAAAGAUACAAAAAGGAACUCCAGAUUGGCUUUCUACUAUGACCUGGACAAGCAAAUCCGCUCUGUGGAGAGAUACAUCAGAAAGCUGGAAUUUCACAUAAGCAAGGUAGAAGAACUCUAUGAAGCUUAUUGUAUCCAGUGCAGGCUGCGAGACGGGGCCACUAACAUGAAACAUGCCUUUUCCCUGUCCCCUUCCACCAAAGCCUCCAGAGAGAGUCUAGUGGAGCUUUACAAGAACUUCCAAGAGUGCACAGAGGACAUGUGCUUCAUAGAGGGGGCCUUGGAGGUCCACUUGGGAGAGUUCCACGUGAAGAUGAAAGGGCUGGUGGGCUUUGCACGUCUCUGCCCGGGGGACCAGUAUGAGGUGUUUGUGCGACUGGGGCGCCAGAAAUGGAGGUUGAAAGGCAAGAUCGAGACCGAUGACAGCCAGACAUGGGAUGAGGAGGAGAAGAUUUUUAUACCCAAUCUCCACGAGAAGUUUGAAAUUAAGGUGACUGAGCUGCGAGGACUGGCCACUAUUCUGGUUGGUGUCGUGACAUGUGACAGCAUCAACUUCUUUACAACCAAGCCUCAGGCCAUCAUUGUGGACAUCACUGAACUGGGCACCAUCAAGCUGCAGCUGGAGGUCCUCUGGAACCCCUUUGACACAGAGAACCUGUUUUUGUCACCUGGAAGCACUGCCAAGUUUUCUGUGGGUAGCAGGAAGAGCUCGUUGUACAACUGGACCCCCCCAAACACCCCCAGCUUCAGAGAGAAGUACUACCUGUCUCUUUUGCAGCUGAGGCAGAACCAGGGGGAUGUAAGUGAUGAAGCCCAGCCCCCCAGCAUUCUGAGCUACUUGGCUGCCUGUGAUUUUGAUGACCAUGGGAGGAGCAAAGCUCACAAUCCUGCCGAGACCAGCGAGGGAGACUCGUUCAGCUCUGAGGACCAGAAAGGGGCAGAAUCCCGAAGUACAACUCCAGCUCUGGACCACAGGCCAUUGGUGAUUAUUCAAGAAACUGGUGCAGAAGAGCACCAGCACCCUCUCCCAGAUCACACAACUCUGGAUAUCCUGAAGAAGACUCCAUGUGGGGAUGGAUUUCCAAGUAACCCCUCCAGUCUUCCGAAUCGCCACAAGGGCAGGAGGGAUUCUGUGAGCCAGCCCAGGACUCGGCGCCUGCCAGAGCAGGAGGACAGCAGCCAGAAAAGCUGGAAUGCUGCAAGUGACCCGAGACUGGAUGGACAUACAAAGUCUAUUGACAAGACUCUCCAAGAAGUGUUGAAUUUGCUGAAAUCACACGAUGUGGGGCAAGCCCAGCUGGAGAAAUUGGAAUACCAGGUUUCGUCUCUGAGGGAUAAAUUAAAGCAAAAGACACUUCAUCACAAACACUCAUCUAUGGAGAGUUUAAUGGUGGAGACAGUCCUGGAAAGCUUUGACUUCCUAAACGCUGACUGCAGUGCUGAUGAGCUCUCGCUGUUUGGGAGCAUCAGGACAGCCAGUGUCAGCACAUACAAUGACAACACACUGAAGUCCCUGAGCUGUGACACGAGACCAGAAACUCAAGAUGUCACUACUGGUGAUGACAACUUAGACACGCUGUUGAUAACUCACCUGAAACUGUGCAAAGGUCUUCUGCAGAAACUGAGGUCACCAAACGUAGCCCAGGUUGUCCAGGAGAGCAUUUUGGAAGAAGUAUCUGAGCAGACUCGAGUGCUGGGGGAUGUCCUGGAUAUGUCUGUUGAAGAAAUUAUUCAGAAGACUAAGAAGAAGAAGCACUAUCUGAAGAUGUGGAGUGACCUUGCAGAGCCUGGCAGCAUCUUGUUGGCUUCAGCAGAAAGGUUCCGUCAUGCCCUGAAGUACACGAUGAUGCUCAGAGUGAAGGAGAAGUACCCCAGGCAGCUGGAAGCAGUGCUGCAGAGGCUGCUGGAGCAGAUCCUCACCUGUGAUGGGUUGCUCCCCACUCCAAACCUCCAAACAGAACCAGUUACUUUAUUCCAGUUUUAUAGCUACCUGGACAAGCACCACAUUGCCAGCCUGGAGAAACACUUGGGAAAACUUGCCAAGGAAGUGAUGCUGAUCGAGGAGCUGCAGUGCCCCGGGAGGCUGAAGACGCUGAAGAAGCUGAAGGGGAAGCGGCUGAACAAGCUGCAGCCGCUCCCGCAGACGCUGCGGCUGCUCGGGGAGCUGCAGCUGGACGAGAACCACCGAGUGAGCAAAGCGGCCACGUCCUGCCUGUGCCGCGCCGCCGCCAGCAGGAGCCUCAGGGCCAAGGCUGUGUUGUUUUACACUGAUGCUUUAUCUGACUGUGAUGCAAGACUUCAGCAAGCUGCAUGUUUGGCUCUUAAGAACCUCAGGGCUGUGGAGAGCAUUGAGCAGGUUGCCCACCUGUGCCAGUCUGAGACAGAGGAAGUCAGGAAUGCAGCCAGGGAAACAACGCUGUCCUUUGGGGAAAAGGGCCGCCAAGCCUUCGAGAAAAUGGACAGGAUCUGCUGUGAACUGAGGGAAACUGCCCAGCACGAGGCCGAGAUUGAAAUCACAGUGUUUUAGGGGUGCAACGGGAGGAGCUGCAUCCCACUGUCCUCACAGCCACACAGGACCUGAGGGAUGGCUUUGGUCAUCCCUGCUCUGUCUGUGCUGCAUCCUGCCCCAGGACAGGCUCAUUUCCAAAGGGCACAGUUUGCAGUCUCCACAACUCAGGCUGGAACACAUUUUCUCACCAUCUCUCAGCACGUGAUCAAAUACCAAGUGCCUGGAUGAAUGAAAGCUGGGAUCUCUUGGAAUGUGGCACCAGGUUGUCGCUGGAGUUAAAAUCUCCAUCUUGCUGGAAUUAGCUGCCCCUGCUCAAACUGUAAAUCCAAUAUGAUUUAUUUUCCCAUGAAGUGUUCUAUUAAUUUGGCAUUUCCCAAGGGAGAAAUGAUCGCUCUCCAACAGUCCCUCUGGAAGGCAGCAGACACCAGCCUUUUACACCAACAGAUCCAGCAGCAUUGCUCAGUGGAUUGUUUUGCCUGGACAAUUUAGUUGCAGAAGGAAAACUUGUUACUUCCAAAGUCUUCAGCCUGGUUGCAGCUUAGGCCACGUUCCAGCAGGGACAGACAGCGUGUGGGAGGAGUGUGUGUGCUCAGCAGGAGGGUCUGUGUUGGGUUUGCCAGGUGCAGGUCUGACUGAGGGAGGGACAGGUUUGGGUUGGUUUUAAAUUUUGAGUUUAGUCAUAGAUCAAGACUUCUCAUAAUCAUCCACCUGGUGUCAGGCCCUUGCUCAGCCCCUGGCUGGCAGGGCAGGGUGGCCGUGGAGAGAAGCCUGGCCUCAGGUACAAUACUUGAAAGGGUUGGGCUUGUGUGUACAUAUUUUUAUAUAUAUAUAUAUAUAUAUGUGUAUAAAACGUUUCUAUUCAGUAUUUAUUUGUUGGAUUUCAUACUGUUUUCUGAAGUUCUAAUAAACCAUUGAGCCA